AUGGGCCCACAAUUCACUGCACAGUUCAAGCGUUUCGCCUCAGAAUGGGAGUUUGACCACGUGACCUCUUCUCCAAGACACCCAAAAGCAAAUGGCAAGGCAGAAUCAGCUGUCAAGAUUGCAAAAAACCUGUUAAGCAGGGCCUUGCGCGACAGCAACGACCCAUGGAAAGCGAUCUUACAGUGGAGGAACACACCCACUGAAAACAUGGACAGCAGCCCAGCACAACGCCUUCUGUCCAGACGUCUGAAGACUACCAUCCCCGUAGCUAACAAGCUACUUGAGCCCUGCGUCAUGGUUGGCGUCACAGACAAACUGCGUCACAGAAAGCAGCUCGCUAAGUGCUUCUACGACCGGACUGCUCGGGACCUACCAGAGCUGGAGGUGGGUGAAACGAUAAGGAUGAAACCGCUGCCGGGAGACCACACAGGACUUUGGAGGCUGGGCACAAGCCUGCAGAGAGUUGCACCACGUUCUUACCUGGUGGAUGUUGCCAUAUCGUACCUCUCUCUGUUUCCCUCCAUCUCCACCCCUAUCGCGUACCUCUCUCUCUGUUUCCCUCCACAGAGGUUGAAGUCUCUGAGCCAUCGUCGACAGUCCGCUCCCUCUUUGGUCAUCAACAAAGCCCUGACCAGAUCCAGAACUUUCUCCAGAGAGAGCUUCCUGGUUCCUGUGUGUCCAGAGACGUGCCCAUUGGUCCAGUCGUUCCUGUGUCCUGAUAGGGUGUUCCUCCUGCACGGCCACGUCACGCUGAAGACAGGGCUGCAGACGCAGGACAGAGACCUCUUCCUCUUCACCGACAUCCUCAUCAUUGCCAAGUCCAAGUCUCCCACACACUUCAAGCUGAAGGCCCAGGUGUGUGUGGGUGAGAUGUGGACAGCCCAGUGUAUGGAGGACGUAUGUGAGGGCAGCACCAACCCAGAGAGGAGCUUCGUCAUGGGCUGGCCCACCUGCAACUGUGUGGUCACCUUCAGCUCUGAGGUCCAGAAGGAGAGAUGGCUCUCCAUGCUCAAAAGUCGAAUAAAAGAGGAGAAGGAAAAGGAUGAUCCUAAAACCAUUCCACUGAAGGUGUUUGGGAAAGGCAUCGGGAGUUGUGCUCAGGUCGUCAGUAAGACCUUGGGUGUCAGUAACUCUGAUUCAACCAAUGAGGUUGUCCGACUCGCUCUUCAACAGUUUGGUGUCACGAGCUGUGUGAAGGACUACCAGCUGUGGGUAAGCUCCAAGAGGGACAACGCCCCUUACCCUCUCAUUGGUCAUGAGUUCCCUUUCAGUAUCCAGAUGAGUCAUAUGCGGGAGCCCCUGGCCCAUCCGGGCCGCAGGGACACAGUUCCACCUCCAGACAGACAGAGGGCGAUGCACCGCGACCAGGUACAGGUGGACAAACAGUGCCAGUUCAUCCUAAAGACCCGAUGCAGCUCCACAACAACAACGCCUGUGAUUGUAGACCCAGCUCAGAAGCCCUUCAAGCGAAGGCGUUCUCUCAUCAACUGGGCUUUCUGGAAAGGCUCCAAUCCUAACCUCCACAGUUCCUCUACAAACCUCUCCUCUCCUGCCCCCGGCUACCUGUUUGGCCAAUCGCUGAGCACCAUCUGUUGGGACAACUCCCUGCCCAAGCCCGUCAUGGACAUGCUGGUGUUUCUGUACAACGAGGGUCCGUUCACGCGGGGGAUAUUCCGACGGUCAGCGGGGGCGAGGGCGUGUCGUGAACUCAGGGACAGACUGGACUCUGGGGCUCAGGAUGUCCCGCUGUCACGGGAGCACGUCUUCAUCAUCGCUGCUGUGUUUAAGGACUUCCUGCGGAACAUUCCGGGCAGUCUGCUGUGUUCCGACCUCUAUGAACAGUGGAUGGAUGUGAUGGAGGAAGCAGAGGAGGAGGAGGCAGAGGAGGAGGAGCAGGCACAGGAUAUAACGAGGCUGAUUGGUCUACUGCCCAAAGAGAACUCCCUGUUGCUACGCCACGUGGUCGCCGUGCUGCACGGUAUCCAGGAAAACGCCCAUGACAACCAGAUGAACGCCUUCAACCUGUCUGUGUGCAUUGCUCCCAGCAUGCUCUGGGCUCCGGGCCCCAGCAGCCCCGAGGUGGAGGGGAGGGCGCCAAGAAGUAAUGAGAAGGUGUGUGACCUGGUGAGGUAUAUGAUAGAACACUGCCAGAAGGUCCUGGGAGAGGAUGUCACCUCCGUGUUUGGAGGUCUACCCCGGAAACGUGCCGAAUCGGACGUGUCUUCCUUCCACCUGACCGACUCGUCUUAUGACAGCCUGGAGAACAUGCUGAAUGAUGACAGCAGUGAGUCUCCAUGCCUCCACACCUCACGGCGGCGCUGGAGAGCCAAGCCCCUGCAGGGCAGCCUGGACUCGGUCCUCACCCUGAGUGACUGCGACCAGGAGCAUCCCGACCUGGACACAGACCCCGACACCACAGACCCCCAAUCUGGCAACCACCACCAUUGUGAUACGAUCACACAACCUGGAUCUGGCAACCUCCUCCAGCCCUCAACCCCAGCCCGAGGCAGGACCAGGAAACUCAGCCCAGCUGUGCCCCCUCCUCCUGUCCCAGCCCCCCAGCUCCUUGCAGGGGAGGGAGGAGGUGCUCAGAGCCGGCCAUAG